CUAUAAUUCAAUUUUUUUGGCCGCGUUUUGCGAGUCCAUUUUUGCAACGUCCACAGCGAGCUAGCUCUUCUAAACCUGAAAUGAACUACCACUUGGAUGGACCCCUCGAUUUUUCUCCCUCUUUGAUCUCCAGACACAGAUAUUUGCAACCAUUUCCUAUUUUAUAUUCACAACACUCGCACUCUUCCUCUUUCGAUUGAAUUAGCAAUGUCCGAACCAGCCAGCCGCGGGCAGACAGAGCAGGGCGCUUUCGACGACGACGCCCGGAUAAAGGACAUGAGCAGCCAGCAUUGCUUUGCCGCGUCCACGGUGACCGCGGUGGAUGCGGCUGGAAUUCGGGUGCUACUCGUGCCAAUUGGAGCAGCGCGGCAAGACAGGCUUACGCGCUGGACAAAUGCAAUUGCCCAGUUCUCGCAAGUGGAGCUGUCGGACCUACUGGCACACGUUGACAACGAGCUGCUCACUGCGAGCUAUGGCGGCAGCUCUGGCGGAGAGGGCGCCCUGCGGUUCAUGUUCACAACAAAUGUCAGCGAGGAGCACGAGUACCUUGAGGGCCUUCAGACAUACAGGCAGGUUCUCGGCGUCAUUGGCCUCAUCGACUGCGAGGCGAACGAGGAUAUAGUGGCAGCACAGGACGAGUUUAUGCAAAUGGUGUCGCAGCUGCCGACAGCUGUGGCAUACCGCUGCUUGGCAUUCGACCCCCAGGCUGACCAGGCCGAUGAUGUGUCCGGCGUAACCGUAAUUCCAAACGGCGACGAGAGCCUGUCAUUUUACUUGCAGACCUUGGUCAGCGACUUUGCGGGAACAAUGGUGUCGGCCCUGAGCCUGAUGUCGAGGUCAAUAGAAGACCGCGCAAAUUUGCAAACGCCAACCGAGCCAAGUCCCGCACACAGCCCGCCGGUGGUAUCAUCGCUGGACAAUGAUACUGCGUCGGCCGACGGCCAUUUCCGCCACAGCGGCGGCAAUAUUUCAAUGCACGAGACCACUGAGGCUGCUGCUCACAGCAUAGCGCGCCGCGCGUCGCAGGUUGCGUCUAAAGAGCAGCGCCGCGAAUCAACAACCAGCUUGCCCACGGGUUGUGGCCGGCGCGGCGGCGAGCUCGAUCGGGAUAUCGCGGCUCCCCCGUCGCCUAAAAUUAUAACCGGCGAGAAGCGAGUCCAAAAGCCCAACGAUACAGCCGGGGCUGGGCGACUGAAGAAGCUGCAGGGCGAUUUAUUCCUGAUGUCCGGUCGUCUGGCAGAGGCCUUCUCUGCUUAUGCAGCAUCCAUCAAGGUUAGCCGCGCGGUCGGCGACCAUCUAUGGCACGCUGUGGCCGUCGAAGGAUACUGUGCGGCGCUGCUGCUUUUGUGCGAGCGUCCACAGGAGCGCCGUCUUGCUGCGGCCUUUGUGUCAGGCAUUCCUGAUGUGAUAGCGCCCAUAGACGGAAGCAUAUCACCGCAGAGCGCCGGUUUGGGCGCGUUGCUGGCGCAGAUAGGCAGUUUGUUUGCGCAAGUGCCAGUGCUAUACGAACGCUGCUACACGUUUGCGCCGCUGCUGCAUGCCGAGGCUUGCCUGCGCGCUGCCCUGGUGCUGCACGCUACGCGCGAGGCCUUUUUGCAUGAUGAUGAGGCGGCGCUGGCCUCACUGGUGCGACUGCGGAACCAAGUCGACACUAUUAAGCCUGAGCGCAUGGAAUUCCAGACCUGCGAUGUCGUUGCCAACACGCGAAACAUUCCGCUGCGCGCAACCAUCAACGAGUGGCUCCAGCGUGGUUGGGCGAGCUCGUUCGAGUCGCUUGCACUGACGGACCAGCUCGAAAUGUCUGCCGAAACCAGUGCGCUGUUCCGCAGAAUCGGGUACUCGCGAAAGGCAUUCUUUUUCUUGCGCCAAUUUCUCUUGCUUGCCAUCCCCGUGCUGCUGCGCACAGCGACGGCCCAGCGCCACGUCGGUGCCCCUGCGUACAGCAUGAGCCCCAGAUCGCACCCGAGCGUGUCGUCGCGCACAGAUCACACGGCCCUGUCGGCCUUUCUGGACGGUUUCAGCGCAUUCAAUGCCGUGUCCUCUGCGGCUGCUGCAGCGGCCUCUGCGAGAAACAUGGCUAUGCACUCGCCCGCGGGCUCGCCCAAUCCGAUGCGCUCGUCCUUUGAUGUGCCAGUCUUUGGUGAUUUUCUGGCAUCGCCUGCCCGGGAGUGGUUUUCCAAGCCUCGUCCCAGCCUGCACCAUGCCGUGGUCGCUUGUCUGGACGCCCUUGUGUACUCGUUUGAGCUUGGGUCGACGCACUCGGAUGGCAGCGGCUGGAUGCACUUGCAGGCGGAUGUUCUGCGCGAGUGCCUGGCCAUUGCCGAGGCUCUGCCCAGUUACCCGCAUGCUAUUGCCACAGCCUUUCGUCUGGUGCGCUGCUUGAGCCAUCUGUCAGCUAUUGUCCCCGAUUCGCAGAGGCGGCCCUUGUUUGACGAGCAGCACAUGCUGCGCGUGUAUCUCUCGAGGACCAUCGGGCUGUUUCACCAGCGCUAUCACUUUGACCCGGCGGGCAACACAGACAAGAGAGCCGAGACUUCAUCUGUCGAUUCGGCUGAUUCCAACAAGCCGCGGGUGAUCGGCAGGGAUGCCUCGGUGGUAGGAGGCGUGCUUAAUUCGCUUUUAGUGGGCAUUCAGUUCUGCACUUUUCCGAAUAAUCCGAUGCCCAUUGCGGUUUCCCAGAAGCAGGACUCGGUGGCCAAGACAGCCAGCUCGCUGUUUCUGUAUAACCCGAGCGCACAGGCCCUGGGUGACAUGCCACCGCUGCUGGUUGCCCACGAGGAAACGCAUUUCGUUGCCACGCUGAGCAACCCGUUUCCGUUCGCGCUGCCACUGACCGACAUUCUGCUCAUCGGGCACGUGGAAGUUACCCCAGCUGCAGAUUCAGAUAACAAUAAUAACCAGGAUGCUACUGUGGUUUCUCAGAGCACGCAGUGCGUAAUCCCUCCUAAUAGCACCGGCCAAGUACUGCUUGUGGCCACACCGCGUACUUUUGGACAACUAAAGAUACUCGGCAUUAAGCUGUCUUUGUUCCAGCACCUGGCAAUCAAGUGCAUUCUGGCGGAGGAGGACGAGCACAAGGCCACGAGGCGCAUGAAAGAGCGCCCAAUUUGGAAGCGCUUGGAGGCCGAGCGCAACAGCCUCCUUAGCCUAGACAAGCCGCUGCCGGAUUCGCCAGCUGUUCGCCUGUCGGUGAUGAACUCGGGCCACCUGCUACAUACUCGGGUCGUGCCGGCGCUGCCCAAACUCGCUGUCAUCGAAAGCAGUCUGGCAUUCGAGGACUCCUUGAGCCUGUGCGAAGGCGAAAGCCGCGUGGUUACUUUAACCUUGGUCAAUGGCAGUGAUAUGGCAGCAGUGGACCGCCUUGGAGUUGCAUUUGAGCCGCUGGUUUCUGCUGAUGGAAACAAGUGGGCGGACGAGACUCGCGCAGACUCACAGCUGGGUGACCUGACAAACGCCGCCUUCAGUUACUUGCAGGUACCGUCGGAGGACAACGGCGAUUCAAUGUGUAUUGGGCCCAAGAGUAUUUAUCGUCUCAAGGUGCGUGUCUCGGGGAUUAGCGGCUUGAGCGGCGGUGAGAUUGUCGUGCGCUACGGCAGCGCUGCUACUGCUGAGUGGUCCAGAGAGCUGCGCUGGCCCUUGCGCGUGUCUGUUGUCCGGUUGCUCGCUCCGGUUCACGACUCCAAACCUCGUGCUGCUGGUAGCGGUGACUCGUUGACUGCGAGAUACUCGACUCUCCCGCCGUAUAUCUCCCGCGCACUUGCCACCCCCGAUGGCGCUGCAGUGAGUAACUCAAGCCGGGAUCUAGUCACCGUACUGGGCGAGGCAUUUUCUGAGCAAUCUCCCCUUGUGACGGCAUCGGGAAGUAUACCUGAAGCUGUACAUUGUGCCGAGGACUCAUUUUUACUGGCGGAGAUUAACCUGGCCAACAUGGGGUCAACAGACGUCGAGCUCACGGUUGAGACUGAUCUUUCGGACAAAUCGAGCAACGACGCUUACAGCUUAUCCUCGGGAAAGCUCAACCCAUCCGCGCUGGUGAAAUCUCUCGUAGUGCAUAUGCCCGGGCGCAAAUCACUCUCGCGCAUAUUUGUCCCACUGCCUCGUGUCCGUCUGGAUGACCACGUGCUGCGGUCUGCUGUUCCUGGACUAGAGGCGCACGGUGGGCCCGACCGAGCCAUAUUUUACCCUUGGCGCCAGUCUCUGUUGCAUACAGUCACUGAAUCGGACGAAAAAUGGUCCGCGGGCAUUGACAGCCGCGGGAACGACCGCCAAUUUGUGCUGACAAAUACGCGCGACAUGAGCGAGCAGGACUUGGAGCAUCACCGCGAGAUAUACUGGUACCGACAGGAGAUUUGCAACCGUGUGCGUUUGCACUGGGCUUGCCAUCAGUCUGGCAGGUCCGGGUUCAUUGACCCGCGGACACUGUUUGCGCCGAGUGAGGGCGAUAUGGAUACCAUUCGGCGCAGGGGACUAGACAUACGAGUGUCCGUUAAUGGCGUGGGCGCAUGCCGCGUGGGUGCGCGGCUUAUCCGAGCGCAGUGUAACUCUGGCCAUGCGUGCCAUGUGGAGUUCCAGCUUACUAACCGAUUCAGCCGCGAUCUCGACCUGGAGAUCAGUGUUUUAGUUGUCAGAGAUGUCGAAGACGAUGAUACCCCGCUGGUUAGCCAAAAUCCCACGGCUUUAUUCUCUCCAAAUUCUAAUGCACGCCUGCUUGUGAAUGAGAACCAGGCACUGGCAUUUGUGCCAUUUGAUAGUGCUACUAGCCAAAGUGCGGCUGCGAGCAAUGGUGACUUUGCAUUUGUGUUAUCCGAACAGAUGACUGACAACAAUGAGCUACCAAAGACACAAAAGACGUUUGCGCAGCCGUUAUCGCCCAAUCUGCCUGCGCUGGAGCUCUUUGAUGACCUGGUGUUUGACGAUAUCAGCGGCAUGCGGUUACCCAAAAUCCCACCUGGAGCUAGCCACUCAGUGUCAAUGCCCCUCUAUAUAUUGUGCCCUGGGAACUACAAGAUCGAGUACACCGUGCGCGAACACUCUCGGUCUGAAGCAGAAUCAGGAGAAACUGUAUUUGUUCAAGAAGUUUUAGCUAUAGAUAGCAACCAGUAAAUUAUUUUAAUAUUGUUGUCUAUCGUCUUUGAAUAAAAAAAAUGUAAUUCGUUUAUGAACGCGUGAUUCAGAACAAUACACAUGUGUACAGAGACAUCUUUGCAUCGAAGAAUACGCGUCGUCGACUGCUAUAUAAAAAAUAUAUCUUGCAACGACAAG